CUGACGUCAUGGCGUAGAACCUAGCAACAGUGCAGGCUCCCGGCCGAGUCCGUUAUGGCCGCUGCCACCCUGAGGAGGAUGAGGCAGGUCGCGCAAGCGAAGCUGCCGUUCCGGCCAGGCGUCCAGGUGCCCGGGGAGUCGGCGCGGCCGCUGGUCCUGGCGCUGCUGUUUGCGUCCGCCACCAUGUCCAGCGCUCUACCACAGGCUGAUUCGCUGAGCCAAACUGUACUCAAGCCAGAGGUUUCUACUCCAAAUAUGAAUGCUUUAAAACAUGAAAACCAAACCAAACUUUCUAUUUCCCAAAUCAGCACCACUCUCCCUCCCGCAACCAGUACAGAGAGAAGUGGAGGGGCAUCUGUGGCCCCUCGUCCCUCACUUACCGCCUCUCUGUCCCAAGAGGAGGCCGGAAACAAUGAAGAUCCUAGCAUUGAGGAGGACGAUCUUCUCACACUGAAUAGUUCUCCGUCCGCUGCCAAAGACGCUCUGGACAAUGGGGAUUACGGAGAACCAGAGUAUGACUGGACCACCAGCCCCAGGGAUGAGGAGUCCAGUGAGGCCUUGGAAGAUAACAGGAGCUACAUGGAAAUCGAACAGUCAGUGGGAUCUUUUAAGACCCCAUCUUCAAAUAUAGAAGAGGAAGAUAGCCAUUUCUUUUUUCAUCUUAUUAUUUUUGCUCUAUGUAUUGCUGUUGUUUACAUUACAUACCACAACAAAAGGAAGAUUUUCCUUCUGGUUCAAAGCAGGAAAUGGCGUGAUGGUCUUUGUUCCAAAACAGUGGAAUACCAUCGUCUGGACCAGAAUGUUAAUGAGGCAAUGCCUUCUCUGAAGAUUACCAAUGAUUAUAUUUUUUAAAGCACUGUGAUUUCAGUUUGCUUAUUAUGUAAUUUUAUUUGCUUGACUUUUUAUAUGACAUUGUGCAGAUGUUUGCCAUAGGCAACUGGUACUUAAAUGAGAGGUAGGUCUCUCUUUAUUUUGCCUUGGUGCUUUGGAAAUUAAAUAUCACAAACAAGGAGUAUAUAAUUUAUUCCUACACUUUUAGAAGUGAAUUCAAUCGGGUGUCCAAAAUGUGGAGCUAAGCAUUACCUGUUAGUUUUUUUGUUUUAGAUUUCUUUAUUCUACUUCUUCUGAAAGUAUUAGUAAUUCUACUUUUAAAAAAUCCUAAACUUGUAACAAAAUUCUAACAUAUCUGAAACUGCUGACUCAGAUUCUUUUUCUGCCACCCAAGUACUAUUUUUUAAACACACAUUUCUUUGUGCUCCCAAACUGUAAUCUACAAGGAUGUAUGUGAUAAUGCUUUGCAUAUAGAUAACAUUUUUUCUUCCAGAAAAAUUGCUUUGAAUAU